GAACUGGAGCAUGCGCCAAACCCAGACGGUGGCGGGAUGGCUGCAUGUCUCUACGAGGGUGUCACUAACGGCGUCGGUGGUGCGCAUAAUCCGGCCUCCUUACUUCACCUUCCCGACAGUCCCUCACUGAACAUAAACAACGAAACUAGUCGAAAUCUGCUGGUGGCACGGCUGACUCUCUGGCAACGCAAGCGUCGUGAGGAAGAACUCAGCGCCGGAUGGAAUGCCUGGUGGGCCCAGAGCUCGGGACCCCGAAUCCUCAGUUCUACUCUGCGAAAAUCCCCGGAGGUUUGUUCUAUGUCCUGA